CGGAAGUGAAUUUUUCAUCGUUUUUUUUCAAUCCAACCAAUAUAUUUUUGAUCUGGAUUUUCAUUUCUUUUUUGUUGAAAUUUUUCAAUGUCAACAACAAUAUCAAAAAUGAAAAAUCCAGAUGAUCAUCGUUCCAUUUUCUGUAACCAUCAAAACAAUGAUUCAAAAUGUUUAUCAUCAACAACAACGAAAAAAAUCCUAAUUGAAUGUAUACGAUAUUCGAUUCGAAUGAUAAUAAUGUUUACCAUUAUCCUAUCGUAUAUUUUCCUUGUAUUAUGGUUAAUGUUACAAUUAACAUCGGCAAGUUAUUGGAAUACAUUGUUUCAUUUAUUACCCGGGUCAUUUCGUAAUGAUGAUACUAAUCGUAAUAUUUAUGAAUUGAUUGAAUCACGUGGUUUUAAAUAUGAACAACAUUUUGUUGAAACAAAUGAUGGUUAUAUUUUACAAUUAGUACGUAUUAUUAAUCCAUUAAUCGCAAAUGAUGAUGAACAUUAUAAUCGUUUAAAACCAAUACUAUUACAUCAUGGUUUUCAAUGUACUGGUACAUCAUGGCUUAUCGCUCGUAAUGGUACAUUAUUAUCGAAUGGAAUUUUUCAAGAAUAUUCCGAUGAACACGAAUCAACUGCAUCAUAUGGAAAUCGUUUCAAUAGUUAUCCCACCAAAGAUACUGUUGGUGAUUCAUUAGGUUUUGUUCUGGCAACAAAAGGUUACGAUGUAUGGUUGGCAAAUUAUCGUGGAUCAAUUUAUUCAACAAAUCAUACCAGAUUACGAACUGAUUCAAAAGAAUUUUGGAAAUUUUCAAUCGAUGAAAUGAUUUUAUAUGAUUUACCAGCUGAAAUUGAUUAUAUUUUGGAAAAAACUCAACGAAAAUCAUUAUCAUAUAUUGGACAUUCACAGGGUAAUCUAAUGAUGUUUGGUUUAAUGUCGUUAAGUGAUUAUUAUAGUGAAAGAAUUCGUCCAUUUAUUGCAUUAUCACCUGUAUUUUAUCAUGAUGGAGGUAUACGUUCAGCAUUAACACGUUUUAUACCAUUUAUUGAUUAUCUUCGAUCAAAUCCAUCGAUGGUUCCAUUUUCAUCGGGAACAAGAUCAUUUUUUUCAAAUGUUUGUGAAAACAUUUUAACCAAACAAUUAUGUUUCAAUAUGUUUUAUCAAUUUACUGGAACUAUAAUGGAUAAUAUAAAUCCAAAUAGAUUGACUGUAUUUACAUCGAAUAUUGGUAUGGGUUCAUCAUCAUGGAAUGCAGCACAUUUAUUACAAUUAUAUAAACGUUUGGAUGGAAAUUUUACAUCAUUCGAUAUGGGUGAUAGUGUUAAAAAUCUUGAUCGUUAUGGACAAUCAGAACCAUUUAAUUAUGAUGCUAGUAUUAUCAAUUCUACGAAUAUUGCACUAAUAUAUACUGAAAAUGAUUGGUUUAAUACUAUCGAACAAAUUGAAAGAUUACGAAAAACAUUACCAAAAAAAUUAAUUGAUGAUUACCUGAUACCAAAUGAAUGGUAUGGACAUGUUGAUCUAUUAUGGGGUUAUAAUGUUGGCAAAAUGGUUAAUCAAAGAAUAUUGAAUAUUUUAAAUCAUUAUUGAUUGAUUGAAUUUAAAAUCAAUCGAUUGAUCCAUCGAUCCAACCGUCAACAAAUAUUUUGAUUUUGACU